AUGACUUCCAAGGAGGACGGCAAGGCGGCGCCGGGGGAGGAGCGGCGGCGCAGCCCUCUGGACCACCUGCCGCCGCCCGCCAACUCCAACAAGCCCCUGACGCCGUUCAGCAUCGAGGACAUCCUCAACAAGCCGUCAGUGCGGAGAAGUUACUCGCUGUGUGGGGCGGCGCACCUGCUGGCGGCCGCCGACAAGCACGCGCCGGGCGGCUUGCCCCUGGCCGGCCGCGCUCUGCUCUCGCAGACCUCGCCGCUGUGCGCGCUGGAGGAGCUCGCCAGCAAGACCUUUAAGGGACUGGAGGUCAGCGUCCUGCAGGCAGCCGAAGGCCGCGAUGGGAUGACCAUCUUCGGGCAACGACAGACGCCCAAGAAACGACGAAAAUCACGCACGGCCUUUACCAACCACCAGAUAUACGAGUUGGAGAAACGUUUUCUAUACCAGAAGUACCUGUCCCCGGCAGAUCGCGACCAAAUUGCGCAGCAGCUGGGCCUCACCAACGCACAGGUCAUCACCUGGUUCCAGAAUCGGCGCGCCAAGCUCAAGCGGGAUCUGGAGGAGAUGAAGGCCGACGUGGAGUCCGCCAAGAAACUGGGCCCCAGCGGGCAGAUGGACAUCGUGGCACUGGCCGAACUCGAGCAGAACUCGGAGGCUUCGGGCGGCGGCGGUGGCGGCUGCGGCAGGGCCAAGUCUAGGCCCGGUUCUCCCGCGCUCCCCCCAGGAGCCCCGCAAGCCACGGGCGGUGGGCCAUUGCAGCUCUCGCCGGCCUCUCCACUCACGGACCAGCGAGCCAGCAGCCAGGACUGCUCAGAGGACGAGGAAGACGAAGAAAUCGAUGUGGACGAUUGA